UUUUUUUUUUUUUUUUUUUUUUUUCGGGGGGCUGAAACUGACACACAAUGAGUCGGGAGGAACAACGGCCUGAGAAAACACGGCUUCUGUAAAUAAACACAACAAUCAGGCGAGCCGAGGAACAUGGAGGAUCAGUGCACAGUACAGGUGAAGCUGGAACUGGGCCACCGUGCUCAGCUGCGGAAGAAGGCCACGUCCGAAGGCUUCACACACGACUGGAUGGUGUUCGUCCGAGGGCCGGAGAACAGCGACAUCCAGCACUUUGUAGACAAAGUCAUCUUCCGCCUGCACGACAGCUUCCCCAAGCCCAAGAGAGUGUGUAAGGAGCCUCCAUAUAAAGUAGAAGAGUCAGGAUAUGCAGGAUUUCUAAUGCCUAUAGAAGUCUACUUUAAAAACAAGGAGGAGCCGAAGAAGGUUCUCUUUAACUACGACCUCUUCCUGAACCUGGAGGGCAACCCGCCUGUCAAUCACCUGCGCUGUGAGAAACUCACCUUCAACAACCCGACCCGAGACUUCCGCAAGAAACUGGUCAGAGCUGGAGGAAUCAUCGUGGUGCCUGAGGGGGCGGAGCUGGUGUCCAGGCCGAGUCCAGACUACCCCAUGCUUCCCACAAUCCCUCUGUCUGCCUUCUCCGACCCCAAGAAGAGCAAAAGCUCCCAGGGGCCCAAGGAACUCACUAAAGAUAACAGCGGCAUUUCUAAAGCCCCCAAACCUCACAAGCUGGCCAAGGAGCACCGCGAGCGUCCACGGAAAGACUCCGAGAGCAAGAGCUCGUCUAAGGGAGAACCCGAACGAGACAGCGGCAGCAGCAAAGGCAGCCGCGAGCCUUCGUCGUUCUCCUCAUCCUCCUCUUCAAAGAAGCCUGAGAUCAAAGUAAAAGAAGAGAGCAAACCUCCGCCCAAAGCUGCUUUCAAAGAGCCCAAGCUGACGCUGAAGGAGCCCAAGAUGGAAGGAACAAGUCCUAAAGGAGGUGGUCCGGGUGGAGGAGGAGGAGGAGGAGGUGGAGGAGGAGGAGGAGGAGGAGGAGGAGGUGGAGGAGCGGGAGCGACAGAGAGCAAAUCAGCAAGCAAGCGCCCUUCCAAUGCCGACUCGCCCAAAUCCAGCAUUAAGAAGCCCAAAAAGGGAGGCGGAGAAAGCCAGAAAAGUACAGGAGGCGGGGUUUUUCCAGGCACCUCCCCUCGCGUCUCAUCAUCCUCUUCCUCCUCCUCCAUGGCUCCAGCUUCGGGUUUUGGAGAGAAGAAGAACUCGAAGCAAAGAGGGUGCUGGAUGAAGGGCAAACCCGAGACCCCGGAGGUCAAAGAGCAGAAGAAGCCGCCCGAGUCAGACGAGUCGAACUCUGACGACGAGCUCUCGUCCAAGUCUGAGGUCAGAGCGAGAUCAGCGCUGCAGAUGCAGUCGGCUCCCUCCAGUCCGUCGAACUCCAGCUCCAGUUCGGAGUCCAGCUCUGACUCAGACUUUGAGCCGCAACAGAAACAAGGCCAAGGACCUCUGCGCUCCAUGGUGGAGGACAUGCAGUCCGAGGAGUCUGACGAAGACGACAGCAGCUCGGAUGAAGAGACGCCGGUGAAGAACAACCCCCCUAACCGUGACUCCAGGCUGAGUUUAGACAGCGAGAGUGACAGCAGCGAUGGACCUCACCGACCCAGCCGAGACCCGCCUCCCCCUGCGCCCAAACACACCUCCGCCUCCAAUAAUAAUAAGGUGACGGGGAGGAAAAGUCCCGACCCGUGCCUGAGGCAGGAGAAGGUUAUGAAGAAGGGCUACGACAAGGUAGGAAGGGCUUACACAGAGGAGUUAGUGGACCUCCAUCGCAGACUAAUGGCACUGAGAGAGCGAAAUGUCCUACAGCAGAUCGUGAACCUGAUCGAGGAAACGGGCCACUUCAACGUCACCAACACCACGUUCGACUUCGACCUGUUCUCGCUGGACGAGUCGACCGUGCGCAAACUGCAGAGCUACCUCGAGGCCACGGCCACGUGACAGGAAGCGGGACGGGUCCGAGGGGGGGGCGGAGCUUGCCCUCAUUCUCCGCACCGGGCUUGAGGGUAGGCUCAAAGGCGCGGCUGGAGGAAAAAAAAAAAGAAAAGAAAAGCGGCGGCGUGAACAAAAUCCACAGCAAAGUGUUGUGAAGACGAAGAGGCACGGAGAGAGAAGGAGGGAAUGAAGUGAUGAAGUCGGAGCAGCGCUUCCUGUCGAAGUGACGAUGUUCUGGGAGCUGUGUGAUGAAGAGCACAGCCGUCCUCUCGCUUUUCAGUUUGCUCACGACGCAAACCACAGCCUGCUAAAGUGUGCAUGUGAAAGUGUGUGUGUGUGUGUGUGUGUGUGUGUGUCAGAUGUGUGUGUGUGUGUGUGUGUGUGUGUGUGUGUGUGUCCUAUUCUUUUCAUGCUUCCUUCUCUCCUCUUCCUCCAGCACUUGAGCGUUCGUCCCGAAAGUAGCCAUGCUCUCACAUCCUGCUCUUUUUUAAUAUUUUUUUUAUUUUUGUACAGAAGUAUUUUUGAUGGAGGGAGACGUGAACAAGACGUGAGAGAUGAGCGAAUGUACGUUUUUGUCGCCUAGGGCUAGCGCUUAGUGCCUUUUACCACCAACCAGCCGACUGCCUGCGUUCGGGAGCAGUAUUGAAAGCUGUUGAAAGCGUCGUGUGGCCCUCGGUGUUGCUAACGAAGCACACACACACCCACGCAUCCUCCUUUCUCCACGCCUGACGCCUGCAAAACUAGUGUUUCCCUCCGACCGCGUUCUCUCUAAAGCCGGAGCUCAUCGUCUCCCGGUUUUUCGCCAGUGAGUAUUAACGACUGUGUUUGCCAAGUAGGCCUUUUAGAGACUCCUUGAAUAUUGUACAUAGAUGUGUGCAAUGUGUGGAAGUAUUCGGGGAUCAUGUUUUUUUUUUGUAGGGUUUUCGUCUUGUCACGUCUGGAUCGUGCUUAAACAGGAAAAGAGAGAGAGAAUCGUUGGAAAAAGACGUGACGUGUAAUUGUGAAGUGCAGACAUCCAGAGAGGCCAGGCUGUCCAUAAAAUGACGUCUCGUGAUCCUGAACUCAUAGAAGCUAAACUAAAUUUGGUUACCACUUAAUAAGUGAAGCCGAAUGGUGGGUGCCAAUAUUUUUACACCUGGCACAUUGAGCUGAUUAUCAGCAUUGCUUUAGUUUAAAUUAGCAUACAUUAAUGUGUUAGCAUUUUACAUAAGCGUCAGGUGAUAUGUUUUAAUUUUGUUUCUUUAACAUUAUCUUAAUGCUGAAAUUUACAACAUGACACGUUUUAAUUUGUGAGAGAGCUCAGAGAUAUAACGGCCAACAGAAUCAGAAAUCAGAAAAUGACGCAAUUCGUAGAGGCAAAUUUCACCAAAUAGUCAACUAUUAUAAGGCUGUUGCUAUGGUUACGUCUCGGAGGGCGGUCCUUCUCCAUUCACAUGUCGCUUUUAAUUGUGGUUUAGAAAUACUGUAAUGUGUUUAUACGUCUUUUGUUGAACAGCAAAGCGUAAAAAUACUGUUUAUCGAUUCUCGUCGUCAUGGUUAGACGUUGAUUUGGGUUUGAGGUUUAAGUUUGAGGUUUCUUGAUAUAAGACUCAGCCAGCCAAUCAGGAACGAGUAUUUUCCGCUGUACAACUGUGUUAAAGAAUUCACUAAUUAAUUUAGGUUAAUUGAAGGCUGAGGUUGUGUCUCAAAUCGCACACUACAACCUAAUAAAAAUCUUUACUACGUUCAAAAGUAGAAGACACUUUUUGCACGAGAAGCGUGUGAUGUUUUUCAACAGUUUAUUACAGAGCAGACGGAGACUGACACUACGUUCGCACUAGCAAGCAACAGGCGAUUGUUCAUUUUCUGCGUACGUGUGUGACGAAGAACUGUGAUUUCAGCGACGGAGUGACGUUUGAGUAGAGAUUUUCUCAGUUUAAGCAAAUAACGAAUUAGUUAUGACAUGAUAAAGCGACAAAUCUAAACGAUUGGUUCAGACGAUUCCUUUGAAUUGGUUCAUAUGAUUCUUGUGGCACGUGUGGUCUGACGUUCACGAUGUUUACCGAUAAACGAGUUUUGUGUCCAUUUACUGUUUGUUUAAUGUGUAAAGGCAUUACGAAAAAAAUUUAUAAAUCUUUAAAAAGAAGGAAGUCGCAGAGAUCGUUGUUGCCUCUGAUGAGCGUACGUAGCUAGUACAGUUAGCUAGUUUGUCGCGUUAUUUAAUUUACAUUUAAUUCGCUUUAGAAGCUAUAUAUAGCUACUGAAACGUUUCUCGUCGCUAGAAAGGCCACGCCCACAAGCGACACGAAUGACUCGUCAGUUACUAGUGUGAACGGCGGGUGAGGCUACAAGCCCCGCCCAUUCUGUACUGUGCUGCAUGAUGGGAUUGUCCACUGUAAAGUCCAUCAUCCAGGUCUUUUACUGUACGCUCGAUGGUUCUGUAUACUCAAACACUGUCUAGUUGUUUUAAGUGUGUGAUUUGAGCCGAAGCUCGAUACUGAUAAACGCAACGAGCACACAGUAGGAAAUAGUUAUGUUAUGAGGAAGUAGUCGUGAUCUGAGCGUAACGAGACACGCAGCCUCUCUGGAUGUCUGCAGCGAAGUCGUUACUCUCACGUCCCCUUUAAGAGCAACGAGAAAUCUUGAGUUGUUUUUUUUUUUUCCUUCACUGUGGCUCUCGUGUUUGUCUUCUUUAUUCUCCACGACCCGCUUUCUUCUUUCUGAUGCUAAUAGAUUCAAGAGGCUCGACAGCCCCCACGCCCUUUCCUUAACCCUGUGUGUGUGUGUGUGUGUGUGUGUGUGUGUGUGUGUGUGUGUGUGUGUGUGUGUGUGUGUGUGUGUGUGUGUGUGGUUUCAAGUCAUGAUUGGCUGUACCUUUUCCAUUACUAUAGAGUUUUUUAAGAUUUAAAAACUCGUGUGUGUGUGUGUGUGUGUGUGUGUGUGUGUGUGUGUGUGUGUGUGUGUGUGUGUGUGUGGGAUCUGAUAUCGGGUCUGAGCUGUCUGUCGCUCUCUCUCUCCCUCUCUCUCUCUCUCUCUCUCUCUCUCUCUCUCUCUGAGUGUGUGUGUGUGUGUGUGUAUAAAGAGAGAGAUUUGUGUGUGCAAAUCAUUCAGUCCUCUAUUGUGCAUGAACUUUUGACUCCCCCAAGUCCGGGUUCAUGAACUCUUAACUUUUGACCGGACGCUUUGAAUCAUAACAGGGGAUGGGUCAUGGGAGGCGGGGGCAGAACUGGGCGGAGCUACGUGGAGUUUGAUUGACGUCUCUGUGAGAAGUGACCCCAGACCAGUCAGCGUGUGUUAUGUUAAAUAUUAGGUUAUAUUUUUUAUUUGUAUACCUCUGCACUUUUCUGGCUGUGGUGACUCGAGUACUUAAUUAUCUGAACUGUAUUUUUAAAGAAAGUUUAUACGAUAUUUACAUGCAAUAUGCUUUUAAUUUUUUUGUUUGUUCGUUUUAUUUUCUAUCACUAUUAUUUCACGUCGGCAUGUUCGUGACUGCAGGUUAGGCCCCGAGACUGUUAUUUUUAUUUUAUUUGAAUUUUUAUUUUGGAAUUAUCUUCCUGCGGCGCCUCAGAAUCCACUACGAGCCUCGAAGAGCAAAACUUUUCCUCGAGUGACGGAGCGGACGCCGCCGCACUGUGCACCGCUCAUCCGUACGUACGUACUUGUGUGAAGUAUGCUAAAGGAGCAUUAAACACUAAUCCUCUCUCAUCACGUUCACAAGGACUUCACUUUCCUCAAGGACAUGCAUCAUGGGAUUCGAACUCACAACCUUCUGAUGUCACUCCGCUUCAUGUUUCUGUCUACACGCAUAUACAUGUAUAUACAAUAAACGUCAUCGAUCACCGUAACGGUUGCUCCUUCCUCUCCGGACGCUCUCAGUGCAUUGUGGGAUAUCACUCAGAGACUGAGAGAGGGUUUUCUCGUGCCAGUCAGUGCUUGUAUGUUUGUGUUUGGGGAUUAAACAUGUUCGGACGAUGUAUUUUUUUUGUUUGUUUGUUUUGUUUUUUUUUUUUAAGGAAAAAAAACGGCCGCAUGGAACAAAGUCGCAGCUUUGUGGGGAAUUCAGUGCCACCAUGUGGUCAUUUAAUGCAAGCGGGACGCGCGAGGAUGAACGAUGUUACCUUUGUAAUGUUUUUAUCGCAUAAAAAAAGUCAUAUGAUUAAUAAACUCAUCGAGUCGUAUACUCGUUCAGUGUUUCCGCUCGUCCUGUUCACACACUCCCUCGUGUACGUGGUGGAUUUAAAGGUACAAUAAAUACGUUUUCCGAGUGUAA